UUAAUUCGCAUGGCAAACUCAAAAAUAUUGUUUAACACCGUUAAUGAGAAAAAACAACAACUACGCUGCAAGAUGGAUUUGAAAAGUUUAAAAGCAGAAAUUGAACGGAAAAAACGACAGUUAGAGUCAAACAAAGAUAUUAUGGCACCAAACAAGAAAUAUUUCAAACGUGGGGACCUGGCAGCAAAACAAGAAGGGGAAUAUUGGAAAAGACAUCAACAGCUUAACAAAGACCAGCAAUCAUCGUCACAGAAUGAAGUAAACAAGGAAGAAAACAAAACAAAAGAUGAGGAAGAAAAAGUACCACAGCUCCCAAGGAAAGAGGUCGUCCGGCGUUUGAGAGAACGUAAUGAACCAAUCAGGUUAUUUGGGGAAAAUGACUACGAGGCAUUCCAGAGACUUAAGAAGGUGGAAAUGCUAGAUCCAGAUAUUAAAAAGGGUGAAGGUUAUGAAAAUGACUUCAAAGCAGCCAUGGACCGAGUUGAUCAGGAGUUCAUUAAUGAAAUAAUCAACGCUGGGUCGGGAAAGUCCUCCAAUAAUGUAGCUGUGAGAGACGAUGGAACAACAGAGGAAGACAUCAAGAAAAUGAGUGAUGAAAUCGGAAAAAAUGGCAGUGACCAAGAUCAGGAAAUAAUUUUAAGAUUUUUAAAGUUCAUCUUAAAGAAAUGGGGCGAUGAUCUUAACUGUCGAGAUGAAGAAAACAAAAGAUCAAGGACAGGGAAAGAGGCUAGUGCCAUCCAUUCACAAACAGUGUCCUACCUCAAACCGCUGUUUCGGAGACUGAAACAUAAGAAAACAGAUGAAGAUAUUUUAGAAUGCAUGGUGGAUAUUCUAAAAUUCUUAAUGGACAGAGAGUAUAUCAAGGCAAAUGAUGCUUACUUAGAAAUGGCGAUCGGCAAUGCACCUUGGCCUAUUGGUGUUACCAUGGUGGGUAUCCAUGCACGUACCGGCAGAGAAAAAAUCUCCUCAAGGAACGUAGCCCAUGUGCUUAACGAUGAAACGCAGAGGAAGUACAUCCAGGCGCUCAAAAGGUUGAUGACACAGUGUCAGAGAAUAUUUCCUACAGACCCGUCACGAAGUGUGGAUUACAAAAAAGAUCUGACUGUAUGAUGGAGAUUGUUCCUUACAGUACUGUUGGAAACUGGUUCACAAAAAAGUCUGACUGUAUCAAAGGAGAAAAUUUUCAUACUACAGACUUGAGAAACUGUUAAUUAAAACAGUUUGGCUCUAACACUCAUCAUCGCGUUACAAU